AUGGAGGAGAGAGGCGAGCAGCAAAGCGGGGACGAGGAGCAGCUGGAGGAGGACGAGGAGGAACAGGACGGAGAGCAGGGGAGCACGAUGGAAGAGGAGGAGGAGACACUCAGGAAAAGAGAAACGGAGGGAGGAAAGCAGCAAAGCGAGCUUGAAGGGUUCACUGCCCGGCAGCUGUAUGAAGCCGCACAUCUGUAUAAACAAGCUCUAACCACUCGUCCUUUGUUGUCUUUCCCAGCAGAGACAGGACGAGGACGCAUCAUGCCGCUGGAUUCAAGUAAAAACUAUGACCUGGACUACGACUCCCUGCAGCCGUAUUUCUACUCUGACAACGAGGAUGACGCGGUGAACCAGAGCAUCGUCUGCGUCGCUGACUCCAUCAUCAUCCAGGACUGCAUGUGGAGCGGCCUCUCCUUGGUUUUCCCGUGUCCGAAGCAGGACGCAGGGACGCCGCCGAGCAAGGACCUGGGGCCGGACACGCCGCCCAACAGCAGCAGCUGUAGUCAAUCAGAGGAUGAAAAUGGAGACGAGGAUCAUGAUGAGGAGGAAGACGCGGACCAGGAGGAAGAGGAGGGGAUUGACGUGGUCCCAGUGGAGAAGAGGCAGGCGGUGAAACGGUGCUACCCAAGUCCGCUGGAGACAAGGCCCCCCAGCCCGCUCGUGCUGAAGAGGUUUGACAUCUCCACCCACAAGCAUGAUUACACUGCCCAUCCAUCCAUGAGGCAGGAGCAGCCGGCUGUCAGGAGGCUGAAGCUGGAGAGCAGCAGCAGCAGCAGCAGCGGUGGAGGAGGAGGUGGAGGCAGCGGCGGCCACAGCAGGGUCCUCAAACAGACCAGCAGCAUCCGCAAGUGUCUGAGCCCCCGGACGUCAGACACCGAGGACAAUGACAAGAGAAGGAUUGGAGGAGCCUUUCGGGAGCGCCAGAGGAGGCUGAAGCUCAAGUUGAGCCUUGUCGCGCUGCGCGACGAGAUCCCCGAGGUGGCCAACAACAAGAAGGCGGCGAAGUCGGUGAUCCUGAAGAAGGCGACAGAGUGUAUCUACAGCAUGCAGUCAGACGAGCAGAGACUCCUCACACACAAAGAGCAGCUGCGGAGGAGAAGUGAACUUUUAAAGCAGAGACUGGCACAGAUGCAGGGCUGCCGUGCUUGAAGUCUGAAUCAAGACUUUUUGGCCUUUUGUUUUUUAGGCAAGUUCAAGACUUGGGGGGUGUACAGUUCUUGUUGCAUCCAAAUGCUGUUUUGAAAUCUCAUUUGAUUUCGAAGUUAAAACUGCCUCAAUAUAAGUUAUUGG